GGUUGGUGGGCUCUGAUUGGUUAGAGCCUCGCAACUGAUUGGUAACUAGGAACAACAGUGGGGUGAAGACAACUGUAUGCGGACUGCGCUGUAUUACACGGCAACAAGAAUAAUGUAAUCGAAGAAUUGUCCUCCAAAAUGAAUACGUCACAAAAGAAAGAAGAAAAGCAGCUACCUGGAAGCGCAAAGAUGGCCGGUGACAUCUGGAAUAUAAGUGCUUCAGAGGACAAAGUCAGUUUUGAUGAAGGAGGGAAGCUGGGUCAGCAAGCCUUCGGUCAGGGGAAUCAGGAGACAGUCCCUCACCCCGGGGGCAGGAAAAAGGAUGCUUCCUUUGAUCUGGAUGCCUGCACCCUCAUCUCUUCCCCAAAGUGGCUAAGGCUUCAUGGUCUUAAGGAAGCCAGACUUCACCUGUCCCAGAUUCUCUCUCAGAUAGGAUUCAUGCACAGGGAAGAAUACGUUUCCUCACUGAGGAAACCUGUCUCCUCUCAAUAUGCUGAAGGUUUGUUUUCGCAGUUCACGAAAAAUGGAAAAAUGUAUAAUUUAACAGCCAGCAGAGAGCAGCUCUCUCAGUUUGUUGCCAGCUUGACGAGGAGAAUGAAGCUCUACAAGCAGCGCCUGGACUGGCUGACCAGUGGGAGUCGGCAGAUGUUCGGUGUCAUUCAGGAACACUCUGUUGCUCUCGUCCUGGACUUUGGCAGCGUUUCCAAGGCUCAGUUUGAUCUUUGUUGUGAUGUGCUGUGUGCUGUGCUCAGGGAACAAGUGGCACACAUUGCUACAUUCCAUCUCAUUCGGGCAGCUGCAGAGAUGGAAAUGUAUCCUGAGAAAGCAGUACACAGCACUAGAGCCACCAUCGAUUCUGCCAUGGGCUGGAUAAGGAACCUGGAGCACAAACCCAGCAGCAGCCAGAGCAGCGCGGUGGAGGCAGUUCUGAAAGCCAUGAGCGACAAAACAGUUGAAGCCGUUUAUCUCUUUGCUGCGGGGGAUUUUAAAGAAGCUAUGGUGGAUCUGUUGACAGCGUUUCCCAGCAUGUGCCCCGUCCACACUGUAUCAUUCAAUGCCAAACAUGAAGGAACUAUAAAGCUCUUAAAGGAUUUAUCCCACCGGACUGCCGGGAGGUUCCAUGCUUUCGCUGAAAUGUUUGAUUAUGCAGAAGAUGCUUUGUGUAUUGCGGGUGGAGAGAGUGGUGUGCAUGGCUCAGCUCUCCAGGCACCAAGAAGACCUGUUGGAGGUGUACCCCCAGGAGCUGGCGUCAGGGAAGACGUGUUCCUGAUUUGGAGAGAGAUGGAGGAAGCCAGGAACACUCUGGCACAUGUUCAGGCUCUUGUACUGGAAGUUCCUCAGCCAAUAGGGGGUCACGAGGCUAUGAUUUCAAAGCACCCUGACAUGCCGAAGUCGGAGGACUGCGUGAGCUCCAGGGACUGGCUGCGGAAGUAUGGCUUGAAAGCACAGAAGCUGUUAUUUUACGAUGCUCUAGGCGAUUGCGCCUUUCCCCAUUCUGAUGGUGUCGUUGAUGUGAAAUCCAAGCCAGCUGAUGAGAGCUUGCACACCGAUGCUGAAAAGAAAGACAAGCUUGUCAAUGCCAAAUACUGCGACAAAUUUGCUCACACAAAGUGGAGAGAUGGAUCAGUGGUCCACAUGUAUAUCACUGCCGAGAAGUGUAAGUGGUAUGAAGGAAGGAUGAAGACAGCUCUUGAUCACUUACAGAAAAGGCUUGACUGGCUUCAGACUGGCAGCAGGGAGCUGUUUGGAACAGUUCUUGAGGAUCAGGUGUACGUCCUCAUAGACACUUCGGAAUCUAUGAAGGACAAGCUGCCAACAGUGAAGGACAAAAUCUUCCAGCUUAUGCAGGAACAACUCCGACACAAAAGCAAAGUGAACUUCGUGAAGUUUGAUUCCCGCGCUGUCGCCUGGCGCGAUCGACUGGCAGAAGUCAAUGAACACAAUCUGGAAAAUGCCUGGCUUUGGGUAAAAGGGUUUAAGGUGGGCGGUUCUACAGACACACUGGGAGCUCUGAGGCUGGCCCUGGCUGAUCCUGGAACUCACGCGGUCUACCUCCUCAGCGAUGGGAGACCGGAUCAGCCUCCGAAGACGAUUCUGGCUCAGAUGCAUCUGCAUCCUCCGGUUCCCAUUCACAGCAUCUCAUUCCACUGUGCUGAUCUGGAAGCCUCCAGGUUCCUGCAUGAGCUCUCCAAGGAGACUGGGGGCAGGUUCCAUUGCUACCAGUGUGACAUCAUAGAGCCCCAAGCUCCUCAACCAUUUGUGAGUGAAGACACGUAUCUUUUAAAGAAAGAAAUGGAGCAGGGGAAGCAGGACCUGGACAAAGCACUGAAGCUUCAAGCUGAGUGCGUGAUGUUGGAUUGGUACCACAAUGGAGACGAGCAGAUACAAAACAGAAACCAGGAAAGACCCCACAGUGCAUCCAUGCUUCAGUCCAGUGCUGAGGAUCUUGAAGUAGCUAAGAGAGCCCUGUCGGCACUCCCCUGGACCCCAGCCUCUCAUCGCAGUCACAGGGACAGGGAUCAAACCCACAGAUCAAAGGAUCUGCAAAGACAGAAGCUUAGACAUGCAGCUUAUACAAGGUCCAGUCUGCUGCGAUUUCUGAGCAAUGGUGUGGGAAUCAGUGGCAAAGACAGCGCUCUACAGGAGUGGAUGCUGCCAGAAACCCAGGAGCUUUUUAAAGGGAAUUUAGCAAAACAAAGUCAAGUACUAAAUGGACUUCAUUUAACAGCAAACAAACAGACUCAGAAGAAAGCAAAAUGCAAACCAAAGGAGUCUUUGGACAUGUCCUCAGCUCGCUGGCUUCAAACCAAUGGUUUGGUUGCCAGAAGGCUCACCAUCAUGGAUGCCUUGGCACCUACAGCUGUGCCGCAGACCGCAAAAUACAUUCCCAUAUUGGACAAGCACGUUUGUUCUAAGGUGUUUGAUGAGAUUUUACCGUUGGCCUAUGUAAGUAACAGCAAGAAACGGAUCACACUGGUCAAUCCCCAGGCUGUGAACCUGGAAGUUUACAAAGAGAAGCUGAAGCAGGCUCUGAAAUCCUAUGAAAGUCGUCUUAAUGGAAUUGUGUGGAGAGCUUUAACCCAAGAGGAAAGAGAUAAGUUUCAUAGCGCCGAGCCAGUUCCCUUCACAGAACACAAGGAAGCUCUGCUUCAGGCUCUGGACAGGCUGGGCUGGCCGAUUCCCGAGGAGAGCCUGUCUGUGCUGGAGGGGGAGAUAGCAGCUGGGCAGACGUAUCUCCAACAGGCCUCAGACUUACAAAAACUAGCACUGGAAACGCACUCACAAUCUCAAGAGGGCAACACAGCAGAAGAAAAGAUCCAAGGCAGCAAUGUGUUCAGAGCCAGUGCAGGAGAGAAAAGGGUCCUGGACACACUGAGAGGCCAGCGGGUCAUUGCCAGGGCAGAGACGGAUGGCUUUUAUUACCCAGGUACAGUGACAAAAUGCAUUGGCUCCAAAAAGGCUGUUGUGAGUUUCAGCAAUGGAGAUACCCAGAUUACACCACCAGGGCUUCUGAUUCCCAUUGGAGGAGCUCUCGCUUGCCCACCACUGCAGGUUGGAGAUUUUGUAUUUGUUCGAAGUGGGACCGACUGUGCCGGGGAGUGCUGGGUCCCUGGUGUUGUCAUAGCAACCCCAAAGCGAGGCAAAUCAACAGAUAAAUUCUACACGGUUCUGAAAUACAACAACAAACAAGAGGUUUCGCUGCGCAGCUGGAUUGUUAAAACUAGCCAGACAAGAUAUGCCCUGACCUGCCGUUACAUAAGAGAAUGCCAGAUGAUCUCUCACACAAUACCGAGCAUCCAAUCUGUGAAGCCAUUUCCUAAAGAUUCCAAACGACAGGAAGAAAAAGGAAAGGCUCCAUCAGAACAACAGGGAGGAGACGCAAAGAAGCAGAAGAGGAGAAGAAAGAAGAGGGAGCAGAAAGCGUGCCAGGAUCCUUCAGACAGCGAGGAGACAGAUGUCAGUAAACAUGACCCAGGGAGUGCCUCAAGGGAUGAAGCUUUGACAGAGGAAAAAUCCGACUGGGACUGUGACGGAGAGAGGGCCGGCACGCCUCCUCGCACCUCCAGAGCAGUUUCAUGUGUUCCGCAGUCUGAACCUCACUCCAGGACCGGCUCCCCGCGAUCUGACACACUGUCCACCCCUCUGUCCUCAAGGCAUUCCGAGGUGCCGACAGCUCCAUCAGCAAAACCAGCCUCUUCAGUACGGAGUGGCAAUUCUGCAGAGAGGAUCAGGAAACUGGAGGACUGGGCUGAAGAGCUGGAGCAGGCCCUCGCUCAGCACAGGGAACAACAAGAGCUCAUUCAAAAGCAUGUAAAAGAUCUGGUGAACUGGAAGAUUCAUGAAGAUGCAGAUAUAUUAGACAGCCAGAAACAAUUAGCCCAACAGCAGCAGGAGCUUCUAGAACGACUCACAAAGCAGAGACCUCUUACAAGCAACAGCGCAAACAGGAGACAUGAUGAGAGAGGUGUGAGUACCUUUGAGGAUAUUCCCGAGUAUGUAAAGAAUGCCAGACAGAGCCUCCCUAAACUGACUCCAGGAGAGAAGCUGCUUGCCCGCUGGUCACUAGAUGGAUGGUAUUGCCCAGGUGCUGUUGUUCACUCCUGUGGCGACCAGAGCUACUUCGUGCAAAACAACGAGGGAGAGCUUGAGAGAAUAUGGAGAGAGGACCUUAUCACAGACGCUGACGAUGCUGAAAACAUAAUACAGGUGGGGGACCCUGUCAUUGGCCUGCACCCUCUGUAUCCACACAGCUAUUGCCCUGGAGCGGUCCUUCAGGUCAUGCUGGACAUGAAGCUAGAGGUGAGAUAUUACGAUGGGACUGAAGCUCUGGUGCCCAGGGACCAGGCCUAUUUGAUUUCCACCCAGAAGUUUGAACGAGACGUUGCCUAUCUGCUAGAAUGUGAAGCACGAUGGGUGGGACAGCCAGUAGUAGCAAGAGAUGACGGAAGUGGAGCGUAUCACCUGGGUGAGGUCCAUGAGCGAGUUGGUGAUGGAAAGCACUAUGUGAUCCUGUGGGCGGACGGCUCCACCGCAGUGCAAAGUGCUGCUUUUAUCUUUGGAAGGUUUACUCGCUCUCGUACCUUGACGCUGGGGGACCGUGUUCUAGCACUAGCAGAGCCCGCCUCCCUCACUUACCUGCCUGGGGUUAUCUGUGGGUUCAAUGGGACACAGCUGGUUGUUACCUUCUGCAAUGGAAAAAGCAGCCAGCAUGUGGAGCCCCAGCACUGCUUCUGGCUCUCGGGGGACCAGUUUAACGAGGCAGUGCAAAUGUAUAACAAGAAGCAUGCGGAGCAUGAAGACGAGGGCAAGGAGACUGAUGAAGCUGAAGUGUCAGGGUCUGAUGACUCUGUAGUGACCAGCAGUGCUUCAAGUCGUUAAUCACAUAAUGUGUUUCCAGCUUGCUUAACAAACAGCAUCGCUGGAAGCCAGUGCUGCUGCCUUGUGUCUCUUCCAGUGCAGAUCUGCUGCCAAUCCAGGUCAUUGUUUAUUUGCACCAUCAGAGAUUGGAAGAGCCACCAGUGCGAAUCACAGCGAGAGCUGUCGAACGAAAAACACCCGUUGCUUUUACAAAACCAGAAUUAAACUAAUGCAUUGUUUCAUUAAAAGACUCUUAAGAACUGAGUAAAGCGCUUUGAGGAGAGGCCCUACCUGAAUAUUGUACUUUAUAUUCACGGCUUGUCCUUUCCCGAGUGGUUUAACCACACAUUAGGCAUGACAUCUUUCUCAUGCAUAUUCAGGCAGUGAGCUUUGCGUGUAUAUAGGGCGAUGGAACUGGUGCUGGAAUAACGCUUAGCAUUUAGCGUCUUAUCAGUAAUCAUUAUAGAUCUAAUCUAUAAUCUAAAAAAAAAGAUUUUCAUUUAAUUUGAAAAGGGUGAAAUACAGACUUUGUUUGACAGACGCUUCAGUGUAAUCAAAGAGCAGUACGUAUGAAACGCAGGCAUUGCAAUUGAAAAUGACGUUUUUCCAGGGGUCUGUUUAGCUGGUAAGUUCAAAGUCUACUAUUUUUACAAACAGAUAAAGAGACAUUCUUGUAUGUUAUUAUUAUUUAUUUCUUAGCAGACGCCCUUAUCCAGGGCGACUUACAAUUGUUACAAGAUAUCACAUUAUACAUUAUUUCACAUUAUACAGAUAUCACAUUAUUUUUACAUACAAUUACCCAUUUAUACAGUUGGGUUUUUUUUUUACUGGAGCAAUCUAGGUAAAGUACCUUGCUCAAGGGUACAACAGCAGUGUCCCCCACUGGGGAUUGAACCCACAACCCUCCGGUCAAGAGUCCAGAGCCCUAACCACUACUCCACACUGCUGUAGUUUAACCUCGACAUAAUCAUUGGGGUGGACGGCUGCUGCAGUUUGAAUUCUGUGAAAUUUCAAUUCCUCAGUUGUAUGUUUUACAUGCUUUUAUCUGAUGAUUUAAAGUACAGAAGGGAAAUUAAAAACAUUAAUUAGUGGAUUUCUGCCAGUUUCCAAUUAAAGAGAAACUGCAAUUAUAAUGCAAUUACUAUUGCAUUAUAACUUGUGUAAUCGAAUACAUACUAUUGCAUUAUAACUUGUGUAAUCGAAUACAUACUAUUGCAUUAUAACUUGUGUAAUCGAAUACAUACUAUUGCAUUAUAACUUGUGUAAUCUAAUACAUACUAUUGCAUUAUGACUUGUGUAAUCGAAUACAUACUAUUGCAUCAUAACUUGUGUAAUCGAAUACAUACUAUUGCAUUAUGACUUGUGUAAUCGAAUACAUACUAUUGCAUUAUAACUUGUGUAAUCUAAUACAUACUAUUGCAUCAUAACUUGUGUAAUCUAAUACAUACUAUUUAUUGCAUUAUAAUUUGUGUAAUCAAAUACAUACUAUUGCAUUAUAAUUUGUGUAAUCGAAUACAUACUAUUGCAUUAUAACUUGUGUAAUCGAAUACAUACUAUUGCAUUAUAACUUGUGUAAUCUAAUACAUACUAUUGCAUCAUAACUUGUGUAAUCUAAUACAUACUAUUACAUUA